AAGGGAGUGCUCCUAAUCUCAGCUUGUUACCUGUAUAAAAGACACCUGUCCACAGAAGCAAUCAAUCAAUCAGAUUCCAAACUCUCCACCAUGGCCAAGACCAAAGAGCUCUCCAAGGAUGUCAGGGACAAGAUUGUAGACCUACACAAGUCUGGAAUGGGCUACAAGACCAUUGCCAAGCAGCUUGGUGAGAAGGUGACAACAGAAACACAAAAGAACUGUCGAUCUUCCUCGACCUGGGGCUCCAUGCAAGAUCUCACCUCGUGGAGUUGCAAUGAUCAUGAGAACAGUGAGGAAUCAGCCCAGAACUACACGGGAGGAUCUUGUCAAUGAUCUCAAGGCAGCUGGGACCAUAGUCACCAAGAAAACAAUUGGUAACACACUACGCCGUGAAGGACUGAAAUCCUGCAGCGCCCGCAAGGUCCCCCUGCUCAAGAAAGCACAUAUACAUGCCCGUCUGAAGUUUGCCAAUGAACAUCUGAAUGAUUCAGAGGACGACUGGGUGAAAGUGUUGUGGUCAGAUGAGACCAAAAUGGAGCUCUUUGGCAUCAACUCAACUCGCCGUGCUGGGAGGAGGAGGAAUGCUGCCUAUGACCCCAAGAACACCAACCCACCGUCAAACAUGGAGGUGGAAACAUUAUGCUUUGGGGGUGUUUUUCUGCUAAGGGGACAGGACAACUUCACCGCAUCAAAGGGACGAUGGACGGGGCCAUGUACCGUCAAAUCUUGGGUGAGAACCUCCUUCCCUCAGCCAGGGCUGAGAGAAAAUGAAAAUGGGUCGUGGAUAGGUAUUCCAGCAUGACAGUGACCCAAAACACACAACCAAGGCAACAAAGGAGUGGCUCAAGAAGAAGCACAUUAAGGUCCUGGAGUGGCCUAGCCAGUCUCCAGACCUUAAUCCCAUAGAAAAUCUGUGGAGGGAGAUGAAGGUUCGAGUUGCCAAAGGUCAGCCUCGAAACCUUAAUGGCUUGGAGAAGAUCUGCAAAGAGGAGUGGGACAAAAUCCCUCCUGAGAUGUGUGGCCAACUACAAGAAACGUCUGACCUCUGUGAUUGCCAACAAGGGUUUUGCCACCAAGUACUAAGUACUUCUGUGGACAGGUGUCUUUUAUACAGGUAACAAGCUGAGAUUAGGAGCACUCCCUUUAAGAGUGUGCUCCUAAUCUCAGCUCGUUACCUGUAUAAAAGACACCUGGGAGCCAGAAAUCUUUCUGAUUGAGAGGGGGUCAAAUACUUUUUUUCCCUCAUUAAAAUGCAAAUCAAUUUAUAACAUUUUUGACAUGCGUUUUUCUGGAUUUUCUUGUUGUUAUUCUGUCUCUCAGAAUUCAUUUCUCAGAUCAUUUCUUUGUCAGUGGGCAAACAUACAAAAUCAGCAGGGGAUCAAAUACUUCUUUCCCUCACUAUAUAUAUGUGUAUAUAUAUAGUAUCUCCCAAAAGUGAGUACACCCCUAACAUUUUUGUAAAUAUUUGAUUAUAUCUUUUCAUGUGACAACACUGAAGAAAUGACACUUUGCUACAAUGUAAAGUAGUGAGUGUACAGCUUGUAUAACAGUGUAAAUUUGCUGUCCCCUCAAAAUAACUCAACACACAGCCAUUAAUGUCUAAACCGCUGGCAACAAAAGUGAGUACACCCCAAAGUGAAAAUGUCCAAAUUAUGCCCAAAGUGUCAAUAUUUUGCAUGGCCACCAUUAUUUUCCAGCACUGCCUUAACCCUCUUGGGCAUGGAGUUCACCAGAGCUUCACAGGUUGCCACUGGAGUCCUCUUCCACUUCUCCAUGACGACAUCACGGAGCUGGUGGAUGUUAGAGACCUUGUGCUCCUCCACCUUCCGUUUGAGGAUGCCCCACAGAUGCUCAAUAGGGUUUAGGUCUGGAGACAUGCUUGGCCAGUCCUUCACCCUCAACCUUCACCCUCAGCUUCUUUAGCAAGGCAGUGGUCAUCUUGGAGGUGUGUUUGGGGUCGUUAUCAUUCUGGAAUACUGCCCUGCGGCCCAGUCUCCGAAGGGAGGGGCAUCAUCUUUAGAAGAGGCUUCCUUCUGGGACGACAGCCAUGCAGACCAAUUUGAUGCAGUGUGUGGCAUAUGGUCUGAGCACUGACAGGCUGAUCCCCCACCCCUUCAACCUCUGCAGCAAUGCUGGCAGCACUCAUACGUCUAUUUCCCAAAAACAACCUCUGGAUAUGACCGUGGCAAGGCCUGUUCUGUGUGGAACCUGUCCUGUUAAACCGCUGUAUGGUCUUGGCCACCGUGCUGCAGCUCGGUGUCAGUGUCUUGGCAGUCUUCUUAUAGCCUAGGCCAUCUUUAUGUAGAGCAACAAUUCUUUUUUUCAGAUCCUCAGUUAGUUCUUUGCCAUGAGGUGCCAUGUUGAACUUCCAGUGACCAGUAUGAGGGAGUGUGAGAGCGAUGACACCAAAUUUAACACACCUGCUCCCCAUUCACACCUGAGACCUUGUAACACUAACAAGUCACAUGACACUGCAAAACAGCUGAAGGAUGAACAUCCAGCCAGCAAUACAGAAUGGAAUCAAGUAGAAUGCAGAGAUAGACGUGAAAAGGAAGUGAUGGAUACAUGUGGUACUGAGAAGCUGGGGAGCAUUACUGGAGCCACAGCACUGGAGCUAGCAAAACCACCUGAGCAGCUUCGAGUGGCUGUGAGAGCCAGCUGUCGCCUGGCAAUGAAACCCCGCAUAGUCCACUCACUAAGCAGCCGUUUAAUCAAGCAAUCGCAAGGGCAAAGAUGUGGGAUUGGUACACAUGUUACCAAGAACUCUCAGAGCAAACAGAUUACCACUGAAAAUGGACAAGAAAGCCAAGAGAUCUCAGUCCACAAGGAGAAGGUUAAUGCAGAUGAUAAGCCCAAGGAAGGGUCUGUGAAUGUGCAGAGAGGAAAAGAGGGUUCUCCAGACAUCGAGAAUCUACGAGAGCGCAAGUACAAGUGUGAUGAGUGUGGAAAAACUUUCUUCCAGCUUUGCCACUUAAAGAAGCACAAGCUCACACACUCUGAGUUGAAGCCAUAUGCUUGUACAGUCUGUGAAAAGCGCUACAGAUCCAAGGAGAGUUAUCAUGCCCACUUACUCUUGCACAGUGGACAACGACCUUACAAGUGCCAGCAUUGUGACAAGAGCUAUGGUCUGAAACGUGACCUCAAGGAGCACCAAGUGCUACACACAGGUGAGAAACCAUUUGUGUGUAAUGUAUGUGGCAAGGGUUUUGCCCGGAGGCCUUCUCUGCGUGCCCACCGGGCGGUCCAUGAGGCCAAAUGGGUCCCCAGGAUCAAAUGCCCAGAGUGCGCCAAAGAACUCGCCAACCAGAACUCUCUUAGGGCCCACAUGUGCUUACACACAGGUGAGCGGCCGUAUGCAUGCCCGCACUGUGCCAAGUGCUUUCGCCAGCGUUUCAACCUGCAGGGGCACCUGCGCCGCCACACAGGCGAAAAGCCCUAUGGGUGCCCACACUGUGAGCUUCGUUUCUCACAGGCACCCGAGCUGAAGCGGCAUCUGAUUUGCCACACGGGUGAAGCAUACCUCUGCCCUGUGUGUGGCAAAGCACUGCGAGACCCACAAACACUGCGGGCCCAUGAGCGUCUGCAUGCAGAUGAUAGGCCCUAUAAGUGCCAGGAUUGUGGGAAAGGGUAUACACUGGCAACCAAGCUCCGCAGACACAUGAAGUCACACCUGGAAGAAAAGCCACACAAGUGUGAGAUAUGCGGAAGCAGAUACACUUUGAUGCAAAGUCUACAGCGCCACCUCAGAGUACAUGCAGAUCGAAUGCAGGCUGGGCACACGGUACCAACUAGGGGGCGACCUAGAAAAUCAAGCCAUAAAGAGAGGGAGCAAUGGGAGAGUGAUGGAGGGAAGCAGGAAAAAGAGCAAACUUUGUUUUUUGUCCACACCCUGCAGGACCCUAGAAUGACAUCUCACUCUGAAGAAGUUGUCGAAGAAGGUUUGGAACAGAUGGAACUUGGUCAGGACAUUAUAGAAAUUGUUGUGUCCACUGACAAUACUAAGUGCAUUCUGGUUCAAGCACAGGAUGCUAAUGCUGAGUGUAUUCUUUUACAUCAGCAGGAUGCUAACGCUAAGUGUAUACCAGUGGAGAACCAGGACGAGAAUACUAAAUGCAUUGUUGUGGACGAGCAGGCCGAGAACAGUAACAUGGUCAUAAUACAAGGUCAUGACGAGCUAAACUCAGUGGCAGAGACCAUUGAAAUAGAGACGGGAAUUGAGGACUGAAUAUAUUGAAUAUGUUGAGUUUUUUCCCUGCUCAAAGGCUUGCUACUACAUUUCGUUAGAAGGUUAUUCUGAAAUGGCAGCAGUUGAAUUAAAGACAUUAGUAAAUAUUGACUCAUCUGUUCACUGAACCUUGUGUCAUCACUGUUUGUGCCAGAUCUGAACACUGUGUACAAAACAAAUCUCUGCUGAAAUAUGGCUUUCUAAGUAGGAUUAUUAGUGUUCCAACUAUUACUAAUUUUGUGGGGGUUUUUAAUAGAAUUAAUCACAGGUUGUAUAUUUAAAGGUAACACCCAUCAUAUCUAUCUAUCUAUCUAUUUAUCUAUCUAUCCAUCUAUCUAUCUAUCUAUAUAUAUAUAUAUAUAUAUAUAUAUAUAUAUAUCUCAGAGAUUCUCAAACCCAAGGAGGAUAAAAAUUUCAAAUUGUAUCUCUACCUACUAAUGUUUGUCAUUUUAUAAAAUCUUCUUCAUUCAAAUAAAAAAGUGGCAUGCCCAGCCGAUUUUGUCGCAAUAUCAUGAGCUAAAUCCACUGGUACUUUAUUUCUGUGUAAUUCUUUUGAUUGUCAAACAGCACAACAGUUGAGGAAUUUCAUACUGAGGCUAAAGGAUGGAAGAAAGUGAAAUAUGCUUUUUAUUAGAUUAUUUGCAAAACGACUUAAACUUCAUUCAAGUGUAACUAUUUGUAUAAUCUUCUGGACAAUUUGUUAAUCCUCACAUUCUCCUCACUGUAGCCUAGCCAUCAUCACUCCUCACAUUAUUUUUUGACAUAUCUACAUCGACAGAUGUCAUUUUCAAAUCAUGUCUGGAAACUGAAAGCAUCCUGGAACAUUGUUUCUAAAUAUAUCUACUGAUUUUGCCUUAAGUUUUGAAUCUCUUAUCUUUAAUCUUAUCUAACAUGCUAGAUUUCCAUUUAUUUUGGAAAAUUGUACAAUUGGAUACAUUGAAAAUAGAGGUUGUUUUCCUACCUUUGUCCAUACAGAAACUAUGUAGGAUCCAAACUUUAGCAUUCAAAUGGAUCAUUUCAGUCACAUGACCCUAUAAUCCUACACCCAUUUGAUGAAAGUCCAGCACCUAAAACCCAGAUUAGCUUUAAUGAAGGAGAACUUCUUACAGAAAUAGCAUCAAGUAACUAAUAGCUCAGUUUAAUGAUGACUGUGAAACUAAUAUAGACAAGUAGAAAGCCUCAAAUGUAAAUAGCACCAGUGUGUUGCUUUAGAACUCGAAAUAUAUGUACUGUUUUUACAUGAUAGGACUGUCAAAAA